AUGCGCACCUUGUUCAUCAACGGCACCGUCGGCGUCGGCAAGACCACCACCGCCGCGGCCGUGAGCAGAAUCCUGUCUGCCCAGGGUCGACCACACGCCGUAAUCGACACGGACAGCCUGCGAGAUCGGUACCCCACACCCGUGCACGACCCGUUUGACCUCGAGCUCGAGCUGCGCAACCUCGCGGCCGUGAGCGCAAACUACCGCCAGGCAGGGUGCGAGCUGCUCAUCGUGGCGGGCGUCAUCGAGGACCCAAACGCCGUCGAGCGGUACUGCGCAGCGACGGGCGUGCCGUCAGACGGCACGGGCGAGUUCUUCUUUGUGCGGCUCAUCGCCACCCCGCAGACCAUCAACGCGCGCAUAUGCGCACGACACAUGGGCGACGAGGUCGAGCGCGACUGGUACCUCGAGCGCGCGCCGCGCCUGGCGUCCAUCCUGGAGCAGCGUGGCCUGGGACGAGCGUUUGACGCCGACAAGAGGAAAGAGGCCGUCGCGCAGGCCAUCAUGGAGGUGACACGGCUGUAA